AUGAAUUUCGCCCACAAACAAUACCGAUACUCGGAUCUCAAGAGAAUCACAAAGUUGUUCAAAGAAAAGCUCGACGAAGGAGGCUACGACAGUGUGUACAAAGGCGAACUACCCUACGAACAUCUAGUCGCCGUGAAGAUGCUCAUAAACGAGUCCAAAGACAACAACAAUGGGAGCGAGUUCAUAAACGAGGUCGCGAGCAUUAGACGAACCUCCCACGUCAAUAUAGUAACCCUAUUAGGCUUUUGCGUCGAGGACUCCAAAUGGACCCUCGUCUAUGAGUUCAUGCCAAACAGCUCUCUCGACAAGUACAUCAACAAUACUCUUGAAUAUCAGUUCUUGGGAUGGGAAAAAUUGUCCGAGAUCGCACUUGGCGUCGCUCGGGGACUCGAGUACCUACACCAAGGUUGCAACACGCGGAUCGUGCACUUGGACAUGAUGCCCCACAAUAUCCUUCUCGACAGAGAGUUCAACCCGAAAAUCUUAGAUUUUGGGCUAGCGAAACUAUGUCCUAACCGGUCGAGCAUAGUGUCUAUGCGUAGUGCAAGAGGGACGAUGGGGUACAUUGCACCAGAAGUCUUUUGUAGGAAUUUCGGCGAGGUAUAA